CGAAGCCUCCGGCGCAAGUGCCAUCGCUAGUUUGGGCUCCCACCAAACAACCAUUGCUUUUCUCGAGAAACCGCCCGAAAUUCCUUCUAAUCCUGAUCCUCAAGGCGACGCCAUCGCCCAGCUAAGCAUGUUGACAGCCCAGCCCCCGCAGCCGCAUCCACUGGCCCCGAAUGGCAAGCGGAAAAAGCCCGCGGAGCUGCUCCUAGUUUGUGGGUGGAGCGGUUGCCAGGAUAUUUGCGAGGGUGAAUGGAACAUGAACACCCACAUUGGCCAGCACCUAGAGGAGUAUGCCCGCGAGGCGGCCGAGGCCGAGGCGGAGGAGCACUGCUGCCGAUGGACCGACUGUGAUUUUCGUUGCAGCUGCCGGGUGGAAUUUGAACGUCACUCGUACUACCAUGGCUACUACCUACACCUGCUGCUCCAGGGUCAGCUGGAGUGUGACCUGCAUCCAGAGAUACCAGCCUGCACGGCUCCCGCCCGCUACAAAUUGCCCCAUCUCGGCCAGAACUUCCUUUGCGGUUGGACGGACUGCGAGCGUGAGUUCGUCUCGAUUGUGGAGUUCCAGGAUCACAUUGUGAAGCAUGCGCUAUUCGAGUAUGAUAUACAGAAGACGCCGGACGACGAGCGGCCCAAGACGCAGUGCAACUGGAGUCUGUGCCACAAGCAAAUGGGCAACAAGUAUCGCCUCAUCGAGCACAUAAGCACGCAUUCAAACAAGAAGCAGGUGGCCUGCUACCACUGCGGUGAGCUCUUCCGGACCAAGACCACGCUCUUUGAUCACCUGCGCCGGCAGCCAGAGAACAAUACCAACAGCUUUCAGUGCGCUCAGUGCUUUAAGUUCUUUGCCACAAAGAAGCUGCUGAAGAGCCAUGUGGUCCGCCAUGUCAACUGCUACAAGUGCACCAUGUGCGACAUGACCUGCAGCUCCUCCAGCUCCCUCACCACCCACAUACGCUACCGUCACCUCAAGGACAAGCCGCUCAAGUGCAGCGAAUGCGACACACGCUGCGUCCGCGAAUCCGACCUGGCCAAGCACAUCCAAAUAGUACACUCAAAGUCGGUGCAUCAGUGCGAGCACCCAGACUGCCACUACUCCGUGCGCACCUACACGCAGAUGCGAAGGCACUUUCUGGAGGUCCAUGGCAACAAUCCCAUACUGUAUGCCUGCCACUGCUGCGAGCGCUUUUUCAAGAGCGGCAGAUCCCUCUCCGCUCACCUGAUCAAGAAGCACGGCUUCCGGCUGCCAUCGGGCCACAAGCGAUUCACGUACCGCGUGGACGAGAACGGUUUCUAUCGCUUGGAGACGACGCGCAUUGAGAGCCUGGAGGUCACCCAACAGAUCCUGUCGCCGCAGGUUAAUCGCUCGCUGGAAAUCGAUCUCAAGCCCAGCACUGGCUCCUGCUUUGAGAUCGUGGAUCCCACGAACAUGGAAUUUGAGCGGAUCAUCGUCUCAAAUGAUGCCAAUGAGGCGCAGCUGAUGGGCGAGGUGGUCAUCUCGCUGCCAAGCCUCGCGGAGCCCGAGAAGCUGUGAUUAUGGUGGCCAAGCAACAGCACUUUUGAUCGAUCUCGUGCCCUACCCUGGACUCGUGCCCUACACCCUGGACACCCAAACCAGCAUUAGCUCGCUAGGCAUAAAGUAAAUUAAAUUAUAAAGUAAAGUAACAUUUUACGAUAAGCAUAUCCCCGCAUGUCGCCCUUCUUGAGUGUUCCCCAUAUCUCCGUUGACAUUUAGUUUAUAGGCAACCUGACAAUUUCUAGUAGCAACUUUAGUUUUUAAUAUAAGUUUAAAGAAACCAA